UCUGAGCUUGAAGUCUCUGUAAUAUAAGAGAGCAUUUAAAAAAUAAAACAAUAAUUAUGAAUUGUGUACAUCGUGAACUUUUUAAUUUAUAUCAAACUCAUAUGAGUUGAUUAAGUUAAUUUCCAAAUUUAGGUUAUCUAAAUGAGAGUUAAAAAAGGAAUAGAAUUAAUUUUGUCGAGCAACUCAUGUGUUUGUAUUAACAAAUUAUAAUCAUGGAUAAUUUGGCUGAUUCAAUUAACCAAUACAGAAAUCAAUUACUUAUUGUAAAGCAAAGCCUGGAAACAAACAAUAAUCCAGAGGAGCAUACUUCUUUAUUAGAAUUACAAUCAGAAUUGCAGCAGCUAAUUGAUUUAACAGAAGAAAGUUUGAAUGCUCAACGUCAACAGGAAGCUGAAGAGAAUUCUUUACAACCACAAAAUGAUGAAAGCCAGAAUGAAUUGGACAGUGAAUACGCACUAUUUAUGCAAGAAAUGGCACAGAGUGGAGCUUAUGAAAAAGACAAAAGUCAAGACACAACUGAAAAAUCAGCAGAAAACAGCCAAAAUGAUGAUAGUGAUAUUGAGGAUGAGUUAGCCACUCUUCUUGGUAUGAAGUGUGCUGUAUACCACACUCACUCAUGGGGAGGACAACCAAGUCUACACAAUGCAAUGGUCAGUGCUGUCUUGCCUCGGCAAGAUGAAGAUCAAUUUAGUGACUUACAAGUACGAGUUUUAUUUACACACCCCACUCAUACAGAGAUGUUGCCAUGUCCAUAUUACUUAAGUGGUGAAUGCAAAUUUGACGAUGAAAAAUGUAGAUACUCCCAUGGUGCCGUAGCACAAUUGUCAGAGUUAAAAGAAGCUAUAGAACCCAAAUAUGAUACACUCAAAGCAGGAAGUAGAAUAUUAUUGAAGCUUAAAGCACCUGAUGAUGAGGAUGUGAGUGUAGCAAAGAAGUCCACAGAAAAAUAUCACUUAUGGCAUAGAGCUGUAGUGACCAGUGUCGAUCUAGAGAACAGAUUGUGUGUCGCAAAGUUAGAGCAAGGUGCGAAAACGGGAGAAAAGAGAAAGGCAGCGGUUGAAGAAUAUCAUGUGCACUUUGAAGAGCUGUUUCCCUUAAACAACGAUGAUGACGAUAGCAGUGACUCAGAUGAUAGUAUAAGUGAUACAGAGUACCCAGAAAUGAAAAUUGCUAGACCAGAAACAGAACAAGAGUUGAUUCUUGAUAAGAGUCUGCAGAAUAACGCUCCCGCUAUGGGAGAGUGGGAGAAACACACUAGAGGCAUAGGGUCGAAGCUAAUGCUAGCGAUGGGGUACGUGCCGGGCGCGGGGCUGGGCGCGGGCGGCGCGGGGCGCGUGCAGCCGGUUGAGGCGCGCGUGCUGCCGCGCGGCUCCAGCCUCGACCACUGCCUCGCGCUCACUGAGCGGGCUGGUACACAGGACCCGUUGAAGGUUGAACAGCGACUAAAAAGGUUACAAAAGAAGGAAGAAGAAAGAAAUAAGCGAGCCUACGAGAGAGAAAAAGAAAGAGAACGCCGUAACGUUUUUAACUUCCUCAACAAAACCUUAGGCGACGGUGCUGAAAAAUCGGAGCCAACCACAACUACUUGCAUAGAUAUUAAACAGUCUUCUAGUAAAGAUUUAAAUAUAGAACAAUUUAAAAUAGAAGAAGAUAGCAGAAAAAUAGAAAAUGAAAUUAUUAAAUUAAGGAAUACACUCUGCAAAUAUCCUGCGGGAACAAACGGUAACCGAAAUAUCACUAAUCAAAUAGCAGAAAAGAACAAAGAGUUGGCAGCAUUAAAGCAAAAGGGACAACAGAUAACAAGGGAACAAAAACUCAGAAAAGAUAAACAAAAAUUGACCAUGUUCUGAUUUUCUAGGUGAUGAGUUUGAUAUUUCAUAUUGCACUAAUCUAACGAACUACUGAUUUAAAUUGUAAAUGAAUUUUAGUGCUACAUUUUAUAAUAUAUAAUAAAAGGAUUGAGCUGUUUGUAGCUAAAAAAAAUAUUAAGUCUUAAAUAUUACCACGCGAAUAAAAUCACGCGCACAUCUAGCAAUAUGUAACUGCGAAUAUGGAAUUAUUAAUUACAUUAUCGAAAUGUUACUGUUUAUAAAGCUAAAUAUUUAGGUUUACGUAUUACGUAUAAGUAAUAAUAUUAAUAAUUUCAAUGAUACUGAUCAAGAAGCUUAUAUCUAAUACACUGGAGAUUUCGGUAUGAACAUUGACGUGUAAGGGCGCAUGUGCACUACAAGGAAUUUUACUGUCCGGCAUUCCGAUUUUUUACGGUCCGGUUUGGCAUGAAAAAACCGAUGAAUUGGCUUGUGCACCUGUCCGUCUUUACUCGGAUCAGUGCGCGGUACAGUUCAAGGAAGUUUGGCGGUAUAAUGCUAUCAUAAAUGAUUGUUUUUGCAUUUUACAAGAAACGAGUAAAAAAUAUAGAAGAUGAAAUAUUCUAAAUAGAUAAAUAUAAUAAGCUAUUCCCACUUGAACUUUAACUUACCAACACUUACCUACUGAGAUAAUAAUGAAUAUAAAAAUAACAAUACCGACUUUUCAAAUCACAUUGCCAGCUAAAAGGAAGUAAAACAAGAGCUUGCUCAGUGUUGCCACCUCAGAAUUUUCCUUUUACCCUAAAUUUGGCCCUUUUAUGAUUUUUUUACAGUAAGUAUUUAUGAUAAAUCAAAACAUCUUACUUUACUUUUUAACGUUUUAUUUUUUCUUAAUCUACGCAUUCUUAAUCUAGCAUUUCCAAACAUUCUUGGAAUGUAUCCAUCGUCUGGACUUCUAUGUCAUCUGCAGUCAUUUUCUUCUUGAAAUCGUACAUUUCAUUCGAAAACUUUUUCAACAUUGCGUCAGUCGGUUUAAAUGUGACGCAAGACGUAUAAUUUCUUUUUAAGCUGUACCUCACCAUCAUUAAGUGUUGCAACAUUUCUACAGAUAAUCUAUUUCGAAGCUUAUUUUUUAUGAUUGAAUAAAUGGAGAAAGCUCUUUCCACCGUUGCAUUUGAUAGUGGCAUUGACAACACAGCCAAAGCAAAUUUUGAGAUGGCAGCAAACCUCUUAAUUCCUCCUGCAUCUAAAUCGGUAUUAACCUCGGCCCAAAAUGAAACGCUGGACGACGUGUUCCUCCAUUCUUUGUGAUGCAAAUUGGUUUUAAUGGUACCAUUCAGAUUCGGCUUCGGUCUUACUGCCAUAAACCUUUCGAACAUUUGCAGAAAAUUUGUCAGAUCAGGUUUCACUUGCGAGGUGGCAAUUUGUGGGGUCAGCAGUGAUACAGACUUCAAUAUAUGAAUGUGCUCAGGAGUUCUACUUUGCACCUCUGAGCACAAAGUGACCAUAAAGUUUCUGCAUCGGUCACGUAGUUCGCACGCUUCGUUUUGAUUUACUUCCCGCAAUAGGACCUCAGUGUC